AUGAAGCCCAUUCAGUCUGAUGUUGAUCUCCCAUCAAUGGGACUUGAGAAACACAAGUUGGAUUCGGAUAAAGAGUCCGCACAAAAGCUAGAGUCAGAGGAACAAGAUCCCUUUGGAGAUGAAAGCCAAGCUGGCGUGAAGUACAAGACCAUGGCAUGGUGCGGUCUCCUGGCCAUCCUCGGGGUUGGGAUAGUCUCGACGUAUACUGCAUAUACCAUUGGGCAAUUCAAAUGCCGCCAUGUUCAAGUGCACAGCAUGGCCGACGCUGGUGAUCUCCUGAUGGGAAGGCUCGGACGGACUACACUGGACAUAGCCCAGCUCGUCUUUUUUGUGCUGGUGAUGGGGAGCCAUAUCCUCACAUUUUCGAUCAUGAUGAACGUCCUCACCGAGCAUUCCUCUUGCACCAUCAUCUUUUCAGUUGUCGGUUUGCUCGCCUCGUUCAUGUUGACCCUUCCACGGCGACUCGAGAGGCUUUCUCACAUCUCCUCCGUGAGCUUUGUCAGUAUCGUCGGAGCGGUUCUCACUGGUAUGAUUGGGGUCACUCUUGUCAAAGAAGGACCAGUGCAUGUCACGGCCUUUUCGCCUUCGUCCAAAGUGCAUGAUGCGUGCCUUGCUAUUGCAAAUAUCAUCUUUGCGUACGCAGGACAUGUUGCAUUCUUUACCCUUUUCUCCGAGCUCAAGGAGCUCAGGGACUUCCCCAAGGCUCUGGCGCUCUUGCAGAUGAGUGAAAUGCUCUUGUAUACGGUGGCGGCUAUUGUCAUAUAUGCCUAUAUUGGACCGACUGUCAACUCGCCUGCUCUCAAUUCGGCAGGACACUUGUUUCGAAAGAUUUCCUAUGCGAUCGCAAUCCCCACAGUACGUAAUUUUUCCGUGUGGACUUCUUCGGAUAUAAGCUAA